GUUAAAAUUUUAUACAUAAGAAGUAAGAAUUGUUGCAAUCAUUUUCAUAAUAAUCGACCAUGAAACCAUAGUUUUAAAGAGCACGUGUUCGUUCUAAAUAGAAUUUUGGCAGACUAGCUGAAGAGACGUAACAGUGCGUCACCAGUCAACCACUGCCACACGCUUGUCACACGCGGAAGAUCUUAGAUAAGUUAUUAAAUCUUGUUCAAACAUAGUGAAGAAAUUUACAGUAGUAAAUAAAGGACGCAUUUAUUAACUGCGAAGUGCAAUUCAGCUAAAAUGAAAAACUCUUCAAAAGAAGAUGUGGAAAACAAUAUUUUUACUUUGUCAAAGACAACAGAAGACGUGGAAAAACACAGAGAAUUAAAUGAACCGAAUAAAGCAGCUGAUUUUGAAACGGCAAUUACGGCCACAGGUUUUGGAAAAUUUAAUAUCAUCCUUAUCUUAAUAUCAGUUCCAACGGGAUGGAGUUCUAUCUUCGAAACGACUACGAUGUCCUACGUUUUUCCAGCAGCACAGUGCGACUUAAGUUUAACAUUAGCGAAUAAAGGGUUUUUAAACGCCAUUACUUAUAUCGGGAUGAUAUCGAGUGCUUUCGUGUGGGGAUUUUUGUGUGACACACUAGGUCGGAAAAGACUACUGGCAAUUGGACUGUUUCUCGACGGAGUGUUUGUUAUUAUGAGUGCAUCAGCUCAAAACAUUACACUAUUAAUAAUAUCCAAAUUCUUGGGAGGUUUUAUCAUCAAUGGACCAUUCGCUGCACUAACUACAUAUUUGUCAGAAUUUCACUGCGCUAAACAUAGAGCCAGAAUACAAAUGAUGUUAGGAAUUGUUUUUAGUGCAGGAAACGUAAUUCUACCUCUUUUAGCAUGGGGAAUAUUGCCGUUAAAUCUUAAUUACAAAGCUUUUGAUGAUAGUGUAGAAUUUCAUUCCUGGAAUUUAUAUUUAUGUAUAUGUGCCAUCCCAGCACUUAUCAGUGCAAUUGCAUUUAUUUUUAUGCCUGAAAGUCCAAAGUUCUUAAUGACAACGGGUAGGAAUGAUAAGGCAUUAGAAGUUUUUAAGAAAGUUUAUUGUUUUAAUACGGGGAAUGAACCCGAGACAUUUCCGAUAAAACAACUAAUUGAAGAAACAAAAUCCAACACUGAUAUGAAAUAUGGGGGUAAAGUCACGGCCAACAGGACAAAAAUGCAAGCCAUAAAAGAAGGUUGGCAACAAAUAAAACCCCUAUUCUUUCCACCACACCUUCCGAAAAUUCUCUUAGUAUGUUUCAUGCAAAUGUUAAUAAUGAUGAGCUUGAACACACUUCGCCUUUGGUUACCGCAAAUUUUUCAAGCCAUCAACGACUACCAGUUUUACAAUAACGGUACAACAGCAAGUUUGUGUACAAUGUUAGACCAAAUUCGGCCAUCAAAUAAAAGCCAAGUAUGUGAAGUGAACUUAAACAAUGCCUCCGUUUAUAUAAAUUCAAUAAUUGUUGCUGUUAUUACAAUAAUCGGCUAUGUUUUAGCCGGUAUACUAAUUAACGCUUUAGGUAAAAAAAGGCUUCUCAAUGUUUUGGGAGUGAUUGCUGGUUUGUGUGCCAUGUCUAUGUAUUUUGCGGAAAAUUCAUUAACCACUAUUAUCUUGUCUUCUCUGUUUGUGUCCCUUGGCAGUAUUAGUAUCAACGUAAUACUCGCUGUAGUUGUUGAUUUAUUUCCAACGACUUUAAGAACAAUGACUAUAUCUGUAACAAUGAUGUUAGGAAGAUCAGGAGCUAUGCUAGGCAAUCUAGUAUUUCCUACUCUUCUGCAACUGGGCUGUGCACCACCAUUCUUCUCAGUUGGAGCUGUGAUUAUAAGCCUGUGUAAUAAUCAACGGGCGGAAUUGUAUCUCAUACGCUAGAACCAGUGCUGUCGCGGCGAUAGUUUGAUUACAAACAUAUUUUUCUUUUGGACUAUAUCAACAUAAUAUAACAUUUCAAGAUCACAAAUCUGUGGUCCUCUGGUUGAAAAAUUAAAAAGGGCAUCAAGUAUUAUUAUUUGAAGUAAUAUAGUAAUAUAGAAGUAGUUUUUUUACUAGCUGUAAACACUCCUAGCGACGCACUGGCUACGACCUUGUGGACCACAUCAAGGUGUCCCCGUUACUCGCCGUAAAACACACCUUACUUCAACUGGGGGACUGCAGCGGUUAAAACAAAUUCCCGCGUACUGGUAAUAAUUGAAAACUAGAUGAAAUACUUUUUGUUAAAUGCAAAAUACUUAGAUACAAUGAUUUAUUUUAUAUACAAUUAAUU